UUCCUGUCUUCUACCACGAUAAUAACCGAAUCCUAAAGACCUUCUUCAUGUUUUGUUCCAAAUGGCAGGAGCUGCUGCCACUGCUGCAGCACCGUUCAUCAAUCUCACGCGCCACCCACGCUCCAACCUUCGCCACUUCUCACCAAACAAUGUUCCUUGUCUUCGUCACCAACCCUUCCCUUCCGGAUUCUACCACAACCAUCGUUCAAAUCCCUUAAUCAGCAAGGUGAAUAGCUCAAUUGGUGGAGAACCCUAUGAGAUGGAUCAAGCUGCUUUCGAUGGCUAUGGUGGGAUUGAAGAAGAGUGUGAUGAUGACGACGCUGAGAGUAGUGUUGAUUUGUUGAUCAGAUUCUUGCAGAGCAUGUUUAGGAAAGUGUCUAAGCGAGCCAAGAAGGCCUCUCGCUCUGUUUUACCUGGUGGAGUAAUACCGCCCCAGCUUGUUUCUUUUGCUGUUGAUGGGACUCUGCUGCUUGCUUCACUUUCUGUUCUCAAAGCAUUUCUUGAGGUCAUCUGCACACUUGGGGGCACUGUAUUUGCUGCGAUUCUAAUCCUGCGUGUGAUUUGGGCAGCAGUUGCUUACUUCCAGUCAAGUGGGAAUAGUUUCAAUCAAGGAGGAAAUUCCUUUGGUGCUGUAGCCUAGACCUCUCUUCAAGUUUUAACAAAAAUGGCUUAUAAAUGCUCAGUGGCACAAGAAACUGCAGCACUGACGAAUACAAGGAAGACCUUCAUCCUUCUUAGCAACAAAUUCUUCUACUGUAUUAUUAUCACUUCCUGUAUUUACUACACAAGCCAUAGACGGUCAAUUAUAUUCAUGAGUUUUGCAUUGGAGUCGUGACAUGUUGGCUACAGUUCUUGUUAAAAUUCUGUAUAGGUGUUGUUAAACUACAGCACUAGCAGUUCUUGUUGUAUGUACAUUUCUUUAUAAACAUACCAAAAAAUAGUGAUAAAUCAUAAUAUAUUAUAUAUUCUAAGAUUAUCAUACACAAGGACAUGUUAUUUGGAUUUAAUGCAUUCUUUGGAAA